AUGCCCAGAGCAGUAAAAGGUAAAGUAAAGUGAACCCGCGGUCGCGGCUAAAAUUUUAAUUAACACCAUACUGUAGGGGUCCUGAUCGAAUGCGACCCCUCCAUUAAAGCCAUAAUUCUCAAAAUCGAUAAGGAUUCCGGUCACGGUUAUAUUGUCGAGGACCUCGACGACGAGACGCUCGUAGUCAAGGAGCCGAAGCUGCCGGAGCUCAAGUUGCGGCUGGAGAAGAUACUGGAGAGGACGCAGAUGCUGGAGAGGGAUGAGGAGAGCGAUCCUGAGAAUCCGGGCUAGGAGCUCGAGAGGAUGUUAGGACUGCUGAUAGGGCUGGGACAUGGUACGGAGGGGAAGGAGUAGGAGGAGGAGGAGGAGGAGAAGGAGGAGGAAGAAAGUGCUUCUAGAUAGUGGUGGUCUGGCCUGGUCUAGAUCGAGGUGGAUAAUAAUAUGAUAUAAUUCCGAUCA